AACAUCCACAGAAACGACCGGUGAGCACACACAGUAUAACAGUCUUACAGAGAAUCGCAAUGAUCACUACUUGGUUUUAACGUCUGAACACAUACGUCGGACUACCGGGUUUCUUACACCUGAAUACACACGUCCGUCGGAUCACCAAGUGUCUAACACACACACACACACAUGUCGGUUGGAUCACCAGGUUUCUAACACACACACACACAAGUUGAGGAUCCUACGCCUGAGUGGGGAGCGAGCCGUGCCAUGGAACCAUGACCCCAGAGGAACAUCUGGAAGAAUUCUGCAACGACGCCAGUCCCAACUGGUUCUGGUCUCAGACCAUGAACUACGUGGGCCAGUUGGCGGGCCAGGUGUUUGUGCAGGUGAAGGAGCUGUACCGGGGCCUGAACCCGGCCACUCUUUCAGGCUGCAUUGAUGUCAUCGUGGUACGGCAGCCCGACGGCACCCUGCAGUGCUCGCCCUUCCACGUCCGCUUCGGCAAGAUGGGCGUUCUGCGCUCCCGUGAGAAAGUGGUGGACAUAGAGAUCAAUGGAGAGCCUGUGAGUCUACAAAUGAAGCUGGGGGAGAACGGAGAAGCCUUCUUCGUCAAGGAGACAGAGAACACACUGGAAGUGGUUCCGUCAUACCUGGCGACGUCACCUAUCGUGUCCCAGGGGGCGGAGCUAAUGGAAGCUCAGCUGGGGAGGGGUGUGUCUCGCCUCUCUGACCCCGCCACCCUCCAGGUCCAGACCCUGGGAUCCCAGCAGACCACAGGAGGAGGAGGAGGUGAAGGAGGGAUGAUGAUGAAGAAGAGAAGGAAAAGGAGGAGGAAGGCACGGGAAAGCGGAGGAGGGAGACGGGAGGAGAGUGGGGAGUACUCAGAGGAUGAGGACAUGUUCACCAUCGACAUGAGCACUGAUGAGGAGAGAGAGCACGACAACAACAGUAGCAGGGCCUCUUCUCGGGAGCUCAAUGGAGAGCAGGGCCCUAAGGCCAGUGUGUUGAGCAGCAACUACACCCAGAACACAACAUACACACACUCUGAUGCAGACUGGGCACGCUCACAGAGUGCUAUAAUAGAGCAGACACGUACUCUGUCUAUCCCUCCUAGUGGUGGUCUGUCCAUCUCCUGUCCACAGCAGACUUCUGUCUUCCCUUCUCCUGUCAGCAGCCCCGGUGGCUCCCGCCCCUCCACUCCGAAGAGUGACUCGGAGCUGACCAAUCAGAGCAAAGACAACCCUGAGAUUCUGUGGGCCUGGGGGAGCUGCCACAAGCUGCUAAGCCCUCCUACCUCUCUCCGCCCCAGAUGCAAGAUUCUGGGAUGGUCCCCUGUCUCCAUCCCUGUGUGUGACAGCACACACUUCAGAACCAUCCCCGGAGAAUGUGGCCCCCCUGGCCAGACCCAGAGCCACCCAGACAAUGGCCCCCCAUCCCUCAACCCGUACAUGCCCCAGCCUGGUAACAACACGGCUGGGCCCGUUGCUGGAGGGGACAUGGAGUUAGUAGGGGCAGCCUGUAGAGAGGUGGAGGGGCUGAUGGCCUCCAGGUUGCUGUCAGAACUGGAUGAGGGGGGCCAGAGGAGCAGCCCAGUCAGACGCACAGACUCCCCAUCCAAGAGGAAAGACAAGAGGAGCCACCACCUGGGCUCGGAUGGAGUCUACCUGGAUGACAUCACUGAGCUGGAGCCAGAGGUGGCUGCUCUGUACUUCCCUAAAAGUGACGGUUCAGUGAGAGGGGGCUCGGAGACAGGGGCGCGGAGCACCAACCAAUCACCUCAGUCGGUGGGGAGCAGUGGGAUGGACAGCGGUGUGGACAGCUACGCUGACCAGCUGGGAGACAUGCCCAACAUCGCCAUCUCUCUGUGUGGAGGUCUCACUGAAAACAGAGAGAUCACAAAAGAACAGUUCCAGGAGAGAGCCAUCUCUUACCAGCAGUUCACUGAAAACCCCUCCAUCAUCGACGAUCCCAACCUGGUGGUCAAGAUUGGAACCAAGUACUACAACUGGACCACCGCAGCCCCUCUCAUGCUGGCUAUGCAGGUGUAUCAGAAGCCCCUGCCAAUGGCCACGGUGGAGAACAUCAUGAAGGAGAAGAUGCCCAAGAAAGGAGGCCGCUGGUGGUUCUCAUGGCGCAGCAGGAACAGCGACUCCAAAUCGGACUCAGUGUCUGAGAUAGGAGUUGGAGACGGGGGAGAGACCUCUCUCAGCAUGGCUUCAGUCAAUGGAAUGAAGGAGGAGUCUUCCUCCAGCGAUGAGGAACACAGACCGUCCAAUCAGGACUCAGAAUCCUGCAAGCCCGAGCCUCUUCUCACUCCUGGUAGUGUCUUCUACAGGAAGACCCUCAGACUGACCUCAGAGCAGCUGGCCAGUCUUCAGUUGAAGGAGGGUCCUAAUGAGGUGGUGUUCAGUGUGACCACUCAGUACCAGGGCACCUGUCGCUGCCAGGGCACCAUCUAUCUCUGGAGCUGGGAUGACAAGAUUGUCAUCUCAGACAUUGACGGCACCAUCACCAGAUCUGACACCCUGGGCCACAUCCUGCCAACGCUGGGCAAAGAUUGGACCCACCAGGGCAUUGCCCGCCUCUACCACCGAGUCAGCCAGAACGGUUAUAAGUUCAUGUACUGCUCUGCAAGGGCCAUAGGUAUGGCUGAUAUGACGAGGGGGUAUCUCCACUGGGUCAAUGAGAGAGGAACCAUGCUGCCUAUAGGACCUGUCCUACUCAGCCCCAGCAGCCUGUUCUCAGCCCUGCACAGGGAGGUGAUAGAGAAGAAGCCUGAGAGGUUUAAGAUUGAGUGUCUGACUGACGUGAAGCAGCUGUUCCACCCCAACACUGAGCCUUUCUACGCAGCCUUCGGCAACAGAGCCACGGAUGUGUAUUCCUAUAAGGAGGUGGGCGUUCCCCUAAACAGGAUCUUCACAGUCAACCCCAAGGGAGAGCUGAUACAGGAACACGCCAGGACCAACAUCUCAUCGUAUGGUCGUCUGUGUGAGGUGGUGGACCACGUCUUCCCUCUGUUGAUCAGAGGUCACGUCUCGGACUUCUCCUUCCCUGACACCUUCAGCCAGUUCACCUACUGGAGAGAACAGCUGCCCCAGAUCCACAGCUCUGAUCAGCCCCAGGUCCACAGCUCUGAUCAGCCCCAGAUCCACAGCUCUGAUCAGCCCCAGGUCCACAGCCCUGAUCAGCCCCAGGUCCACAGCUCUGAUCAGCCCCAGGUCCACAGCCCUGAUCAGCCCCAGGUCCACAGCCCUGAUCAGCCCCAGGUCUACAGCCCUGAUCAGCCCCAGGUCCACAGCCCUGAUCAGCCCGAAAUCCACAGCCCUGAUCAGCCCCAGGUCCACAGCCCUGAUCAGCCACAGAUCCACAGCCCUGAUCAGCCACAGAUCCACAGCCCUGAUCAGCCCUUGGUCCACACCCCUGACCAGCCCUUGGUCCACACCCCUGACCAUCCUCUGGAAAUCAGCUGUGGAGACCCACUUCCACACCAGACCACCCCAUGAGUGACCUGUGUGCAAUCUGGGAAGGAAAGGGAGAGACACAUUUAUGAUGAUGACGGCGUGCAAAUGAAAGAAGCAUGUCUCUGCUCUAAUGUCACACACACACACACGCACAGCAAUGCAUAAGCAGACCUUAACACACACAUGGUUGCCAUGUGCACACUUAUGCACUAGUGGAAGUUCUCUCCGACAACAACAGGCAUGUUAGCACUGAGUGGUAUUUCUAUGUACUCACCUUUCCUGUUUGUGUUCUACUCCUCAGUGUUCUGCUCUACAAUACCUAGCCUACUGUUCAUCAGGUGCAAAAGGUGCUUACUUGUAUACAUACUGUAGCUGCAACUCCGGCAAGAAGCACUGAUUCAGUCAACCUGGGGGAAAUCACUGUGAAGAACAGCCUAUCAACGGCAGCUAUUUCACCCAAUUAGCAUUGCCCGAUUGAUUCUAGCACUUUUAGUCUCCAAUGUGGGUACAGUAAACCGCGACGCAUGUUCGGUCGACACGUUCAGAUCUAACGAUCACAUGAAGUGCGAAUGUAAUAGAUGUCGAACAAAGCAGGAUUAUGCUCAACUAGCGCUAUUAUUAUAGCGCAUGGCGAUAAUUCAGUUCACCCGUUCGACCUCCAAACAUUUGCCGAUAUAAUCAAAACAAAUGUUAUUUGUCACAAAAACAGGUGUAGUAGACCUUACCGUGAAAUGCUUACUUCCAAGCCCGUAAACAACAGUGCAGUACAAGAAAUAGAGUUAAGUAAAACAUUGAAUAAAUGCGUUUUAAAGCGCGUUUCCGUUCUAGUAAGUAGCAUUCUAUAUUCGGUUUUUAUUCUUCCGUUUUUGUUGUUGUUGUCAUGUUCUGUGUAUGAUAGAUAUGUUAGUGAUCAACUGAACUGAAACAGGUAACCAGUGCAGCUCCUCACUAUUGUUAACGAGGCACAGAGGAGGGCUGUCUCUCUCGUUGAUGCCUCUCGCCCAUAGUCGUCAACAGUCCUUAUAUGGUCAUGUAACCAAACACCUGAGAAAAGCCUCGCGUGAAACUGACGUUACUCUUGACAGUAAGCCGUGCAAGAAAACUCAGGUUGUCAGUUUUAGCAGUCGUCUCUGUCUUCGUUUCUCCGCCACUCGUCACGGGUUUCCACGGACCGUGACACACAUGUCAUCAAAUCAAAUCAAAUGGCAUUUGCCACCUGUGCUGAGGUCUACACCUGUUAUGUUGGGCGCAUGUGACAAAAACAAUUUGAUUUAAUUUUGAUGACCUGUCCGAUCCUCUCUGUGUGCAGUGUCAUGGUUUUGGCUAACAUUAACAGGUAAUAUUGUGCAGACAGUAGAAAACAUAUUAUAUCCUCUGCUUUGGUGGUCCAUCAUCUUAAACUCUGUGUGUAACUGCGAGAUCGGAGAAACCUACAAAUGUAUGAACUAUUUAAUUAAUUUCACAUUUUUAAGCGAGCAGCUUGUGAACGCACUUGGAUUUGGGCUUUGGUUUUUAUUUCACUUUAAAUAUUGUGUUUAUGUGAUUGAAUCUGAAUAGAGUUUUAAUGUUCAUUCUCACUGUUGUACAUAGUGCAACCUUUUUUAGCGAUCGAAUUCAGAAACAUUGUCAGUAAAAGUGGCUGGCUGCUGGACUACAGUAGUUUGACCUUAAGGCUAACAACAUUUUUGCACUGACAGACUUAUAGUGUCCACUGAAGCGAAACCAUUGAGAUAUUCUACAGUCAACCAAUCAACAUUCUCCUGAAUUCUAGAAUCUACUACUUAGAUACAAAGAACUUGGACAAACAGGUUAAAUUGAACUGUCGCUCCUUGUAAUUUCAGCAAUUAGAAUGCACAACAACCUUGACGGUUCUGAACCUCCCCAAAGGGGUUUAAAGCACAAAGCACUAACGACAGUCCGUCUGUCCAAUCAGAUCUCUGUUGUGAACAGAGGAGGUGGCAGGAUGUUUCUAUGGGUGGCUUCCGUGGAAUGUGUAUCAGUAUAUGUAUAUUGUGCAAUUGCCAAUGUCAUCCUGUGUGUAAUACGGAUGGAUAUUCAAGACGUCCUGCAUUACCGGAAUGAAUACUAACACUGUGAUACAGUAUUUCUCUCUUUUUUUUAAUCGAUCAUAUUGAUGACCACUAUAAAACCUGAUUGCAUCACUAUGGAGGAGAGAAGGUUCCCACCGUCCCUGUGUCAUAUGCCGUGUUGAUUACUUUCAACACCUUUUACCUUCACUUUGGUUGAAUUGACUACCAGUGGGAUGGUUGAAACAUCCAUUUUCCAUGGUUCAGGAGUAUUGUGACAUGGCGACUAAUGUGAGAUGUUGGAUUUACCACCAACCGAAGAGGUGUGUUGGUAUUAGGAGGAUAACGGAUGGACGGAUGGAUGGAUGAGUCAAUGGAGGCAUGUGAUAUCACUGUUGCUGUGUUUUACUCCUCCUCCGUGUCAUUGUCUUCUGUUCUCCCUUUACUGUACUGUCACAGGAUUUGUUCCAAGUAUGUUAAAGUACUACUGUAUAUUCAGAUUAAAUGACUGUAUUCUUUCUGUGAAAGAUCUAUAUAAACAACGAGCUUGUUGCCUUACAGUAUGCCGUGGCUGUCUCUACCCUCGUUAGUUUGUUUCUGAGAUGUACAGAGUCAAUUACUCUCGCACUGUGUCAUGUUGUAUAGGUUAACAAUCCAUUCUGAAAAUAGCUAUAAUGGAAAUAGGUUUUUCAAUAAAUGCAAAAGUUGAUUGUUGAUGGA